AUGGGGGCGGAAGCAAGCGUGCCGAUGGAGGUGAACGAGGCCGACGUGAGCUGGGUGGCGGCCCCUGGUGGCAAGUCAGGGGUGGGGGUGGUGCGGUGGCGCUCCAAAGUGCUCCACGCCUCGCCUCUCCUGCGCGCCCCUCACCCCGCCCGCGCGGCGCACCUCCUUCGCCAAUGGAAGGCACAUGAGGCCAAGCUGAAGAAGCACCCACACGUGCUAAAGAUAGUGGGCGUGCUACGUGUGGCCAAGACCGAUGUGUGGCACAUCCUCACCGAACCCUACACCAAGGUGAUGGAGCUGCCGCUCAUGGAGGACCUGGCGGGAGGGAAGCGCGGGGUGGUGCCCCUGUACAGCCGACUCGAGAUCGCCCACCAGGUGGCCCAAGUCGUGGCCCUCCUCCACCAAUGCGACAUCGUACACGGCGCCCUCACGCUCGACCAGGUCGUCAUGACGGACCGAGGGUUCAAGGUGAAGGGGAUCGGGUGGAACUGGGUGCAGGACGAGGAGGCGGACCCGCUCUACCUGCCGCCGGAGGCCAUGGACCGGAUGUCGAAGCAGGACCUGGGCCACACCAAGGAGGCUGACAUCUUCGCCCUGGGCUACCUCCUGGGCGAACUCUACACCAACCGCUCGGUGCGCGACGUCUUCCUCAGCGAACCCCAGUUCAAGGACGCCAGCGGCAAGCCCGACAAGGCGUUGUGGAAGAAGCACGUGGUGCUGCACAAGUUCAGUCCGGUGCAGGAGCACGAUGUGAACAAACAGAUGUCCAAGCUGCUCACGUCGUGCUGGAAGCGCGACACCGACAAGCGACCGUCGGCGCAGGAGGCGCUCGACAUGCUCACCGAGGCCAUCCUCGAGAAGGUCCUCCGUAACCGCUUCGCGCGCACCAUCUGGCAGGCCGCCCUCGACAAGCAAUACGAAUUCAACAGGUCGGAGGCGAAUCCCUUCGAGGUGAAGUGGCAACACUUUGCGUGGGCGUUCUACGUGAAGCAUAUGGGCCUCAAGAUGCCCAAGCCCAAGAACAUCCCACCCAAACGCUACCACCUGCGCUUCACCGAAAUCCUCGGCCUGCUCUUCAUCCACGAACUCCUAACUCGCGACGAGGACGAUGAGAGCAAGCGGCUGAGCACGCUGCUGUUGUCCGGAAGCGGGAGCGGCAUUGGUGGUUCGGCGGUGCGGGACAAGAAGAAAGAGAAAAAGAAGAAGAAGAAAUCCGACAACGAUCUCCUCAGCGCCAAGGGCAUCAACGUGCAGGCCGCCUCGCGCGGUGAACUCCGUGGCAUCGUCCCGUUGGAUGAUUUCUCAUCGUUCCUGCUGUGGUUUCCGCUGCUUGGCCCGGCAGGCGACACUACGCUCCUGAAGGACGUGGUGCACGUCAUGGGCCACAGAUUCUUCCAAGCCAUACGCACCAGCGGUGAAGCCGUGCGCCUUCUGAACAAGCAGCCCAAGGGGACGUUCUUGAUGCGGUUCAGCGGAGAGCCGGGGUCGUUCUCGAUCUCGUACGUGCUCGACUUCGUAUCCAAGCCCUCUCCGCGUACCGAGCUGCGUCACCUCCGCUUCUCGCGCCUUCCCGAGGGCCGCUUUGCCGUCGUCAUCAACAAUCGAACGGAGAGCUUUGCGUCGCUGGACGAGCUGCGGAAGGCGCUGGUGCGGCAGUCGGCGGUGUGUCUGGAGAAGGAGUACGUCAAGCAGUCGGGCAGCAGCCUCGACGAGCUGCGCGCCCUCUGGUCCAUGGUCGAGGAGGACCCCGACGAGCUCGAGGACCUCGGCUAUCGCCCCAUCAUCACCUACGCCACCGCCAAGACCUCCUCCGAGGCGGCGGUGGCGGCCGGGCUGAAGGAGGGCCAGGUGCGGGAGACGAUCGAGGAGCUGGAGGGCAUCCUCACGUACAAGGGCAAGGCGCGCCUUGUCUCCAUCCGCCAGGGCGUGCUCAUGAUCUACUCCCUCAACGAAGACGGCAAGGGGUCGGCCGAAGCGUUGGUGGGUCCGCUGAGCCAAUCGGUGGGCGGCCUAGAACUGGUCAACGCGGCGGAGCUGCGGCUCUCCCUCAGGGCCAGCGGCGCGCUGGUGGAGUCUUCGUCUUCGUCAACACCGGCCGUCUCAUCAUCAUCGUCAUCAUUGUCGGUGUCCUCUUCAAAUUCCUCGGCGUCCGUGUCGCCCCGGCCGUCGACGUCGGGCAUCCGGUCGAGCAGCAACGAGGCCCUCCUCUCCAAGAUUCGCACCGGCCGCCACCACCCCCACAAGGUGGUCGUGCUGGACGGUGCCGCGGUGACCGAACUCAAGGGCGAGAUGUCGUUCCGCCUCGAGUGUAACGGGUGGGUCGGCGUGCUCAGCUGCGACAGCGUCCCUGCCACAGCCAAGUGGAUUACGUGCAUCUCGCACUGGUCGUUGCAGGGCAAGCGGAACAGGUAUUCGUCGUUCCGCCCGCCGCACGCGUCCAUCCCGGCCCAGUGGUACGUCGACGGCGAGGACACGUACGAGGCCAUCGCCGACGCCAUCGAGUCGGCGCGCAACUGCAUCUUCGUGGCCGACUGGUUCCUCAUCAUCGAGACCUACCUCCGCCGCAAGCACCCACCCAGCAUCCACAACCGCUUCGACAAGAUGAUCCUCAAGAAGGCCCAGGAGGGAGUGCAUAUCUAUGUGCUGCUCUAUUUCGAGGUCAACCUGGCGCUGAAGCUCAACAGCCAGGCCACGGAGCGGAAGCUGGCCAACCUCCACCCCAACAUCCACAUCAUCCGCCACCCUCGCCUCCGACCCUUCUCCUGGUCCCACCACCAGAAAAUCGUGGUGGUGGACUACGACACGGCGUUCGUGGGCGGGCUGGACCUGUGCUUCGGGCGCUGGGAUCGGCGCGACCACCCGGUGGCGGACCCGUGCCACCUGGCCACCCUGUGGCCCGGGCGGGACUACUACAACCCCGAGCUCGAGGGUCUGUCCAAUCAGAACGUGGAGAACCCUUUCGUCGAAACCCUCGACAGGUACUACUACUCGCCUACUGCGCCACCCCCUCAGCCCUUUUGUGUGGUCGACAAGAAGAAUCAGCCAGUUGCUGACGACAGCGGUGUCGACAGGAACAAGCAACCGCGUAUGCCGUGGCACGACAUCCACAUGCGGGUCGGAGGCGAGGCUGCGCGCGACGUCGCGCUAAACUUCAUCCAACGUUGGAACCACCACAGGUCGGCUCUCCGCGCGCUCCGAAACGGUCGUGAAAUUCACGCCGUGCUAAACUUCGCGGACAAGAAGAACGAAACGAUGCGUGCGCAGGUGCCCUACCUGCUGCCGUCCGUUUCGCCGCCGCAGACGCCCGCCGGGACGUGCGAGUGUCAGGUGGUGCGCUCCCUCUCCGAUUGGUCCGGGUGCAACCGCACCGAAGACUCUAUUGCCCAGGCCUACUACGAGUUGAUCGAGGGAGCACAAUAUUUUGUGUACAUAGAAAACCAGUUCUUCAUUUCCUCGACGGCGGGCUCCGCCGUGCAGAACCGCGUGGCCCAGGCCCUCGUCAACCGCAUCAUCCGCGCUCACAAAGAAAAAGAGGUGUUCCGGGUGAUCAUCAUCCUGCCCAACUUCCCCGAGGGGAGCUUCUUUGCGCCGGAGGUGCGGAUGGUGAUGAAGUGGACCUACGAGACCAUCUGCCGCGGCGACACGUCGCUCCUCGCCCAGCUCCAGCGCGCCGGCGUCAACAUCCCCGAAUACAUCUCCUUCCACCAGCUCCGCUCCUGGGGCCACCUCGACCAGGGACCAGUGUCGAAUCAGGUGUAUGUGCAUUGCAAGUGUAUGAUCGUGGAUGAUGUGUGGACGGUGAUUGGGUCGGCCAACAUCAACGAUCGGUCGAUGCUGGGCGUGCGCGAUUCGGAGGUGGCGAUCAUCACGCGCGACAAGGCGCCCGCCGACGGCAAGAUGAACGGCCGCAACGCGCGCGUCUCCUCCUUUGCCCAGUCGCUCCGCAUCUCCCUCUGGCGCGAACACCUGGGCCUCCUCGGCAAGGAGGGUGGAUCGGAGGACGCGCUGCUGCUGGACCCGAUUCACGCGAACACGUUCCACGGGCUGUGGCGCAGGGUGUCGCAGAACAACACCACGAUCCACUGCCAGGUGUUCGCCAACACGCCCUCCGACGAGUACAAGACGCUCAAGGACUACUCGCGCGCCCUCGAACGGCGAGAAGCCAACCCGAUUUCAGCGCGGGAGGUCCAGGUGCUGGAGGGGCUCAAGGGCCAGCUGUUGGACCUGCCGCUCCUCUUCCUGAGCGAGGAGAACCUGGGUCCGUCGGCCAGCGACGUCGCCCUCAAAGUACUCGACUCGUCCGUCUUCACCUGA